CCGUGUUUCUUUCACGGAAGAGAGCAGAGGCAAAGAAGCGCGCCUGACUCAAGGACGAAGCGGACCUACGGCGAUAAGAAUCAAAAUAAACGGAGCACAGAGGAGCAGAAGGAGAUCCGUGCGCAGCCGCAGAGGAGCGGAGGUUCGGCUGCAGCUGUCAUGGGACUCUGCCCGUCCUCGUAGCGGAACCAGGCGACCCGCGGACCAGAGGGAGAACAGGCACCGGGAGCGGACAUGGCCCACGUAGGCAACGGAGCGGCCGCAGAGGAGGAGGACUGCUUCGAAGAUGCCUUUGAUCGGAUACCUGCGGCGGGUAGCAUGGAUCUGCAGACUGCCAUCCAGGAGACUCAGUGUGCUCUCAACCUGGUCCUCAACAACAAGUUUUCUCAAGCCCUGGAUCUCCUCAAACCAUGGUGGAGGGACAGCAUGUACCACGCUCUGGGAUACAGCAGCAUCCUGGUGAUGCAGGCGACCAUGACCUUUGAGCACAGAGACAUCCAGACUGCCAUGGCAACCAUCAAGGAGGCGUUGCACACCUGUCAGAGGUUCAGGAAGAAGAACUCGAUGGUCGGAUCUCUGUCCGGGCUGAUCAGCAAGCAGUCCAACCUGCAGGAAGGAGAGAUGCACGCAGAGCUUUGCUACGCUGAAUGUCUGCUGCAGAAAGCAACGCUGACGUUUGUACAGGAUGAGAACAUGAUCAGUUUUAUCAAAGGAGGGAUCAAGAUUCGGACCAGCUACCAAAUCUACAAGGACUGUCAGAAUGUGCUCAAUGCCACUCAAGACGUGGCCGGCCAAUCAGAUUCAUUUAGACAGUUCGAGGGUGGAGUAAAGCUGGGCAUUGGCUCUUUCAACCUGAUGUUGUCUCUCCUCCCUCAGAGAAUUUUGAGGUUGUUGGAGUUUAUCGGGUUCUCAGGAAACAGGGGCUUUGGUUUGUCCCAGUUGAGAGAGGGAGCUUCCAGCCACAGUUUGCGGUCAAUCCUCUGUGUUCUGACUCUGCUCUUCUACCACACAUACGUCUCACUCAUACUGGGAACUGCAGAGGGGAACCUGGUGGAAGCUGAAGCUCUGCUGGAGCCAUACCAACAGAAAUACCCCAAAGGCUCCAUAAUCCUCUUCUACUCUGCUCGCAUUGCCGCGCUGCGAGGAAACUUUGAGAAGGCUCGGGCCAAGUACGAGGAAUGUGUGAGCAGCCAGCAGGAGUGGAAGCAGAUUCACCACUUGUGUUACUGGGAGCUCAUGUGGACUCACUCGUACCAGCAGGAGUGGGAACAGGCGUACCAAUAUGCUGACUUGCUGUGCAAGGAGAGUCGCUGGUCCAAGGCUAUCUAUGUUUACCAGAAGGCAGCCAUUUUAAGCAUGAUGUCAGAGGAGGAGCUGAAGAAGACGGGGGAGAAUGUUGUGGAGCUCUUCAGGCAGGUGGAGGGGCUGAAACAGCGCCUGGCUGGGAAGUCCAUUCCAACGGAGAAAUUUGCAGUGAGGAAGUCCAGGCGUUACAAAGCUGCUAACCCCAUCCCCCUGGUCAUCCCUUUGCUGGAGAUGAUGUACGUGUGGAAUGGUUUCACCAUCGUCGGAAAGCGAGCCGACUGUGCCGAGUCCCUGCUGGUAACCAUAGAGAAGGCAGAGGAGCAGCUUCGCAAUGACCCCAGACGAACUACAAGGACUACUCCAUGGAGUCCAGACUGCACUUCAGGAUCCACGCAGCCCUUAACAGCCUCAAAGGAUCACCUGCCGGCACCCCAUAAUACACAAAAACACGAGUCAGACUGCAGCUGUUUGUUUAGCUGGAGUGAAGAAAGAAGUGGAGGUGUGUUUGGGUUUUAAGAGGACACCUCCACCUGGGUUUUUUUUCCCUCUGAAUUAUGUUUUACAUUUUUUAUUUAUUUUUCUGCAGUUUGGAAAGAUUGGAUUAUAAUUACUUGCACAUGCACUUCUUCUACCAGUUAAAAUAGAGACUUCACUGGUAGAGCAAUGGUUCAAUCAGUGCAGGUUUAUCUGUAACUUAAAAACUGAUACAGGCUCUUUUUGAGUCCAUCAGCUCUUUCACUCAGAGACACUUUGCAUAGGAGAACAACUAUGAAGUCUUUCAUAGCUAAUAUCUGAUUGGACUGCUGCACUUUUUCAUGUAAAAGCACAAGAUAAAAAAACUAGCAAUUAUAUGUCAGCCCACAGGAGAGACCCAGUCACUGACAAAUCCUCUUGGAAAUCCAGUCACCAAGUUCUCUUUUGCAGCUCUGUGUUAGCUUCCUUGCAUUUCUCUGUCUGAAUGGGCCCAAAAUAUAAAUCUGUUGUUUAUGAUUUCAGUUAUUUAUUGUGGAAGACAUGAUUUUCUUUUUUUUUGUCUAUGAAUCAUAAACAGGAAGUGAUGUGCAAACCACUGAAGAUGAAUACUAGAACACACUGUUCAUCUUUAGCAGUUUGCACGUUCUUCGCCUUUUUCUUUUCCUACAUGCCACACAUGCACGCGACGCACAAGUGUGUCCGUGCAUAAGCGAUCACAGCCUUCUCACCGACUGUGGCUUAAACAGGAAACACUGAUACGGUGUAGUACACUCCUUCCAAGCUCGCACAGACUGGGCAAUAUGCAGAUUUAAAAGAACAACGCAGUAAUGGCUGUAAACGCACACAUUUAACAGCAAUACAAACAAAUUUGUGCUGUUAGUAAGUUCUGAGUUAUUCUGUCGGUACGUCAGAGUCCACGUUCUAUGUCUCAAACGCAGGGCUGCUUUGGUGGCGCUGAUCGUCUCUUAGAAGCCUGAAAUAAAAAGCUCAAAAACAAAACAAUCUAACGGGUAAAAACAUCUACAACAUAACAGAUGCAUUAAGUUUCUCCUUUGUCGUUCCUUGAGUUAAAAAUAAUCCUUGAAUGGUCCUUUUAUACAGCCCUUCAGUUCAUCCUGUAUCUGAAACACGUAAUAUUAGAUUUUUACGUCUUUUCUUCUAGACUUCUCGGAUCGGAGUUACCUGUCAUAAUAGUCGUUUUGGACGUUACAAACAAAAAACUAAAUUAACCAGUGUAGGUGUAUCAAUUCAGAGAAAUGAAUCACUUCCCACUUGGCUCCAUCUUCUGAUGCCAUGUGGAACUGUUACUUUCUAGUUAAGGCACGCUAGUCUGGUGUUGAAAGAUCAUCCAAAGACAGUCCCCUGGAAAUACCUAAGAGCAAUUGAAUUAAAGAAAACAGCAAGGUAUGAACCAAACCAUGGACUGAUUACUUGCUACACCCCUUUUAAGUGUUUUGGCCACAAACAUUAAUCACAGUACCACUAAUACAUAUCCUAAAACCAGAUUUCUCUUGAGAUCAACAUUAAGCAACCUCAGAUACAAAACUCCCAAUCUUACUAGUAUAGCUAAUAUUUAAAUGGACAUAGAAUAUAAUGUGGAAUUACUGCUUACUUUGAAAUCUGCAUUUAUACUUUUUUUGCCACUAAACUCGAACCUCAGUCUUUCGUAAACACUGAAUUGAAAAUACAUUAUUUAUGGUAAAGCAGUAAAACGUAACCGGUCAAACAAAGUUAAGCAUAAAUAGUUUAUAAAACAAAAACUAACGACCCUUAACAGUUUUUUUUAAUUCAAAGUGAGCUAGCUAAUAAAUUAACUAAUAUUUUGAAUAAAUAAGUUAAUAUAUAACUGAUUACUUUGAAAUAUAUAUUGUGAUUGUUUUACCUUUGAUGAUCUUGGUCAAAGGCUAACUGCAAUAUUUCAGCAUCAAUUGCAAUAUUGUCCAAAAUUACUGUGUUUGAAAUAUGUGCAAUACAUUUUUAAAGCCAUAAUUCUCGUUGCCUUAGACUGAGAUUAAGUUGCCCUGAAAAUCAUGCUAGCCCUGGCACAAGCGGCAACCUGAUUUGGUAUAAAGUGUGAGUUAAUGAUUACUCGGCUAAAGAAAUGUAGUUCUUUACCUGCUCAAAGAGAUGAUUUCUUCAUACUGAAGCAGCUCUGCCUUUGGGAAAUAUUUGCAUAACUAAGCCGUCCCUCACUCCAUGAUUGCUCAACGGUCUGUCGGGAGAAAACACCAAGACUAAAGGCUUUACGUUAAUUCUAGUCGACGUUCUUGUUGAUUACAGCUUUGGUUAUGAUCACACAUGUUCUGGAAGAUGUCUGUUUGUUUCUUUGUUUAUGUUGUGUUGCUUUCUGUUAAAUAACAUAAAUUAUGUAGAUCUACAGUGUACAUGAAGAGCAACUUUAGUGUCUAAUCAUGUACAGAUGAAUCAGGAUAAGCACAAUCUAUACCUAAACAAGAUUUUAUUAUUAUUAUUAUUAUUAUUAUGUGCUGUGUGUUAACACAUCAGAUAAUUACUCAGUUCUCAGAGGACAGUAAAGGACAGUUUAUCCCUAAAAUGUUGUAAGCUUAACUUAAAAUGUCUGAAAAACACUAAUGCUCGUCAAAGUAAGCACAUCUUUGCUUCCAUUUUAAACAUAAGUGUGAUGGACCCGCUUGAGUUGUACUUGAAUAAAUGACAAUUAGCCUUCUCCAUUUCAUGAAUGUAUCAACCUAAAGACCAAAUUCUCCACAUGUGUCUUGCUGGAUGUGUGUUUUGAUUUGAUUUGAUUUGACGUGUUUUCUGUGCCUGUAUGUUUUUGGAUGUGAUUUUUCUUCAUGUCUUUGUGUGAUCUGAAACUUUGCUU